UCCAUACAAGUAAAAAUCGGAAAACAUCGGCUAAAUUAUUAGGUGAAGCAAUAACUUAAAUUAAUCCCAGCCAUGGGUAAAAUUAUGAAAAUAGGAAAAGUUGUGCUUAUUCUAAACGGACGAUAUGCCGGCAGAAAAGCUGUUGUUGUCAAAGUAAGUUUUCAACAUCAUUUGAGAGUUAAUAGAAGUUUUUGUAGUUUUCAGUAUUUCCUCCUUUGUUCUAAAACUUGCUGCAAUACCUUACGUGCUUUUCUGACUUCCAUUGAAGAUGACACUGAUGAGUUUAUGUCUGAUUCCUCUAUUUCAGAAUCGGAUUUUUCUCCUGAUGUUUGCAGAAUGCCUAGGUAUAUGGUAGAUAUUCAAUUUGAUAAGAGUAUAGUUAACAAGGAGGUGUUGAAAGACCCAGCAAAGAGGCGAAAAGCAAGGCGAGAUGUCAAGUCAAAAUUUGAAGAAAGGUACAAGACUGGCAAGAGCAGGUGGUUUUUCCAAAAGCUAAGAUUUUAAGUGGGUGUAAAAAAAUAAAGUAUGUGUCUUCAAAAUAA